CCAGUCCCGGGCGCGUCUCUUAUCAAAGCCGCGCACCAGCUGCAUUGCAUCCUAUCAUGAACAUGGGGACUGUUUGCUUGCCGCGGUGGGACUUUUGUUUGCUGGUCGCCCUCUUCUCCACGGGCAGGCUUGCGGGGGGCAGCGGGGUCCCAGAUGUGGAUGAAUGUGCAGAGGGGACAGACGACUGCCACAUUGAUGCCAUUUGUCAGAACACACUGAAAGCCUACAAAUGUAUCUGUAAACCGGGUUACAAAGGCGAGGGGAAACAAUGUGAAGACAUUGAUGAGUGUGAAAAUGACUUCUACAAUGGGGGUUGUGUCCAUGAGUGUAUCAACAUCCCUGGAAACUACAGAUGUAUGUGCUACGAUGGAUUCAUGUUGGCUCAUGAUGGCCACAACUGUCUUGAUGUUGAUGAAUGUCUCGAUAACAAUGGAGGGUGUCAACAGAUUUGUGUGAAUACAAUGGGCAGCUAUGAAUGUCAAUGCAAAGAGGGGUUUUUCCUGAGUGAUAAUCAACACACCUGCAUCCACCGCUCCAUUGAGGGUAUGAACUGUAUGAACAAAGAUCACGGGUGUGCACAUAUCUGCCGGGAGACGCCCAAAGGUGGGGUUGCCUGUGAAUGUAGGCCUGGCUUUGAACUUGCCAAAAACCAGAAGGACUGCAAAUUAACCUGUAACUAUGGGAAUGGAGGCUGCCAACACACCUGUGAUGACACAGAUACUGGUCCUGUGUGUGGUUGUCAUCAGAAGUAUGCCCUGCACUCAGACGGUCGAACAUGCAUUGAAACAUGUGCUGUCAAUAAUGGAGGUUGUGACCGUACUUGCAAGGAUACAGCGACGGGGGUACGUUGCAGUUGUCCAGUUGGAUUUACCUUGCAGCCUGAUGGAAAAACAUGCAAAGACAUUGAUGAGUGCUUGGUAAACAAUGGUGGCUGUGAUCACUUCUGCCGAAAUACUGUUGGCAGCUUUGAAUGCAGCUGUCAGAAAGGCUACAAACUACUAACAGAUGAACGAACCUGCCAAGAUAUAGAUGAGUGCUCAUUUGAAAGGACCUGUGAUCAUACCUGCAUCAACUACCCAGGAAGUUUUGAAUGUCUCUGUCACAAAGGCUACACGUUGUAUGGAAUGACACAUUGUGGAGAUGUUGAUGAAUGCAGCAUCAGCAAUGGUAGCUGUGACUAUGGGUGCAUUAACACAAUGGGAAGCUAUGAGUGCAUCUGUCCACUUGGAAAGAAACUACACUGGAAUAAAAAGGACUGUGUUGAGAUGGUGAAAUGCCUCACAAAUGCCAAGCCAGCUCCCCAGGUUCAGCUAGCCUGCAGUAAAUCAGGGGGAAUAGAAAGCUGCUUCUUGUCAUGCCCAUCCAACACGCUCUUUGUUCCAGAUUCAGAGAAUAGUUAUACACUGAGUUGUGGAGUUCCAGUACAGCAAGGCAAGGCCCAGCAAAAGCGCAAUGCAACACUGCCUACUUGUGCAGAUUCCUUAGCCCCACCAAUCAAGCAAAAAGCUCGCUUCAAAAUUAAAGAUGCAAAGUGCCAUUUACGGCCUCGCAGCAAAGAAAAAAAUAAAGAUUCUGGGAAGCAAACUCAUAUUGGAGGUCAAUUCCCUUGUACAGACAACUGUCAGGUGACCUUUGUGAAUCUGAAGUGUGAUUCCUCCAAGAAAAAACGCAGAGGCCGCAAGUCACCCUCCAAAGAAGUGUCCCAUAUCACUGCUGAGUUUGAAGUAGAGAUGAAAUCAGAGGAAGUCUCAGACACCUGUAACAUUGACUGUGUGCGGAAACGAAUGGAGCAGAACCUGCAAACUGCAAUCAAAACAUUGAGGAAAUCUAUUAACAAACAGCAAUUUUACGUUCAGUUUUCUGGGACAGAAUAUGAAGUGGCUCAGAAGCCAGCUAAGGCUACUGAAGGACAUGAAGCAUGCAAUACAGGUCAAGUGCUGCAGGAUGAAAAAUGUGUUACCUGCAACACGGGCACCUAUUAUAGCGGAGAGCAUAAUCAGUGCAUUCCUUGCUCACCAGGAACAUACCAAGACACAGAAGGUCAACUUACCUGUGAACCUUGCCCAAGUAACGAUGGACAGGGCAUAACAGGCGCACGGAAUGUAUCAGAAUGUGGAGGACAGUGUUCUCCUGGAUACUACUCUUCAGAUGGCUUUAAGCCGUGCAGGGUAUGCCCUCUUGGUACAUAUCAGCCUGAAUCAGGAAGGACCCUCUGUUUUCCCUGUGGUGGUGGGCUAGUGACAAAGUACGAAGGUGGUGUUUCAUUUCGGGACUGUGAAACAAAAGUGCAUUGUUCUCCUGGCCAUUAUUACAACUCCACGACUCACAGAUGUAUCAGAUGUCCUGUUGGAACCUACCAACCUGACUUUGGUCGGAACUACUGCAUAACCUGCCCUGGGAAUACAAGUACAGAUUUUGAUGGCUCUACUAAUGUUACACACUGUAAAAACCAGCACUGUGGAGGGGAACUUGGAGAUUAUACAGGCUAUAUUGAAUCUCCAAACUACCCUGGAGAUUACCCAGCCAACAUUGAAUGCACUUGGAAUAUAAACCCACCUCCCAAAAGGCGAAUACUCAUUGUAGUUCCAGAGAUAUUCCUUCCGAUAGAAGAUGAGUGUGGUGAUGUUUUAGUAAUGAGAAAAAGUGCCUCUUCUUCUUCAAUUACUACAUAUGAAACCUGUCAGACAUAUGAGAGACCAAUAGCAUUUACCUCCAGAUCACGAAAACUCUGGAUUCAGUUCAAAUCUAAUGAAGGAAACAGUGGCAAGGGAUUUCAAGUCCCCUAUGUGACUUAUGAUGAGGAUUACCAACAGCUGAUAGAAGACAUUGUUCGAGAUGGACGAUUAUAUGCAUCAGAAAAUCAUCAAGAAAUUUUAAAAGACAAGAAAUUGAUCAAAGCCCUCUUUGAUGUAUUGGCACAUCCUCAAAAUUAUUUCAAGUACACAGCACAAGAGUCAAAGGAGAUGUUCCCAAGAUCAUUUAUAAAGCUACUGCGAUCAAAAGUUUCCAGAUUUCUACGACCAUACAAAUAG